UGAAGGAAAAAUUCUGAGAUGCAGAAAGGCUUAUUUGCUGCUGCAAAUGGGAAUCUGGAAUAACUAUGAAAAACACACUGAAAUAAUUGUGUUUGACUGGAACAAAAUUCUUGCAAAGUCCCCAAGGAUGAGAUUCUGUGCCAAAUCAAUGCUUCUGUCUGACUGGCUCUUUCUGCUCUAUGUGUUAAUGGUCUGCUGUAAAUUGUUGUCCGCCUCUAGUCACCAUCCCCGGGGGCACACAGGCCAGCACCAGGUGAAGCAGGGGACGUGUGAGGUGGUGGCCGUGCACCGGUGCUGCAACAAGAACCGCAUCGAGGAGCGCUCGCAGACCGUCAAGUGCUCCUGCUUCCCGGGCCAGGUGGCCGGCACCACGCGGGCUCAGCCCUCCUGCGUGGAAGCUUCCAUUGUCCUGCAGAAGUGGUGGUGUCACAUGAACCCCUGUUUGGAUGGAGAGGACUGUAAAGUACUACCAGACUAUUCAGGUUGGUCUUGCAGCAGUGGAAAUAAAGUCAAAACCACAAAGGCAAGUACAGAGAUCACCUAUAUUUAA